AUGCUCAAGUCUCCCGCGGACCCCCGUGAAGUCUUCGAGGAUGGCGUUCUCGACCACAUCUUGGACGACCACCCCGAAAGGCGAACACGAUGGAGCCGUUUCCGCCUCUGGCUGGCCCAGGGAAGAUGGAACGAGAAGGAGCACACAUGUGUCUACGUGAGCAGCAACGUCUCCUUUGGUUUCGCCUUCGCGACAGACGUCAUCGUCGAGCAGUCGAGGUUCUACAACCAAGAGGCUACCAUUCCGUAUCAACUGUUGCUCAUCCUGUCGACCCAGAUUCUGGGCUACGCCUUUGCAGGCAUUACGCGCCGCUUUCUGGUUCGUCCUGGCGGCAUGAUUUGGCCAGGUACGCUCAUGUCUGCUGCGAUGUUUGGCACUCUCCAUAAAGAGGAGAACAAACCGGCCAAUGGCUGGCGCAUGUCCCGAUGGAAAUUCUUCUACAUUGUGUGGACGGGAGCCUUCGUCUUCUACUUCCUGCCGGGACUCCUCAUGCCGUGCCUCAGCUACUUCAACGUCAUCACCUGGUUUGCACCGAAGAACGUCGUCAUUGCAAACCUUUUCGGAGUGUCGUCCGGACUUGGCCUCUUCCCCCUGACUUUCGAUUGGGCACAGAUCUCUUACAUUGGCUCUCCGCUUUUGGUGCCAUUUUGGGCGGCAAUGAAUGUCAUUGGCGGCAUGUUCGUCGUCAUGUGGUUCGUCGCACCGAUUGCUUACUACGGAAACAUGUUCUACUCUUCUUACAUGCCAAUCUUGUCGUCGGCUGUGUUCGACAAUACGGGAAACGUCUACAACGUCAGCCGCAUCCUGACUGACGAGUUCCUUUUCGACAAGGAGGCCUACACGAACUACAGCCGUGUCUUCCUGCCCAUCACCUACGUGCUGAGUUAUGGAGUACAAUUCGCAGGUCUAGCUGCGUUGCUCACGCAUACGGCUUGCUGGCAUGGAAAAGACAUGUGGGAGACGUGGAAGACGUCUUGGCAGGAGGCGCGGGAGGAAGGCAAACCAACCUACCAGCCUGUUUCAAACGAACCCGAUUCUGCCGCACCAGACAGCCCAGCAACGCCGGGCCUGUCAAGGGCAUCCACAAAUUCAGACAGCCAUCUCUUCAAGGAGGAUGUGCACAGCCGACUGAUGAGACGGUACAAAGAUGCCCCGAUUUCGUGGUACCUGAUGACAUUCGUUUCCAUGUUGGCGAUAGGAAUAUUUGUUGUUGAAUACUACCCGAUUCACCUGCCAUGGUAUGGAUUGCUACUUGCAUUGGGCGUCUGUGCUGUCUUCUUUAUUCCCAACGGCAUCAUCAUGGCAGUGACGAACCAGCAUAGCAGCAUUUAUCUCAUUUGCCAGCUGAUCUGUGGUGCUGUCUUCCCUGGACGACCUAUUGCGAACAUGGUGUUCGUGACAUACGGCUACAUCUCCUCAGCGCAGGGUAUCAAGUUUGCCUCGGACCUCAAACUCGGCCACUAUAUGAAGAUCCCUCCUCGCAUCAUGUUCUCCGUUCAGAUGGCGGCGACUGUGGUCUCGUCGAUUACACAGAUCUUUGUGCUCAAUUGGAUGUUCGCCAACGUUCCCGGCAUUUGCACCAAGGAUGCGGUCAAUGGAUUCACCUGCCCGUUCGCUCGUGUUCACUUCAACGGCUCAAUCCUAUGGGGCGUUGUCGGGCCCGGCGAGUUCUUCGGACCCAACGCGACCUACAGGAGCCUCGUCUGGUUCUUCCUGUUGGGGGCCGUUCUGCCAAUCCCACUCUGGCUGUACAGUCGCAACAAGAAGAACAGCAUUGUGCGAAAAAUCAACCUGCCGCUGGUGUUCGGCACGAUGUCCUGGAUCCCGCCGGCCACAGGACUCAAUUUCUCGGUGUGGGUGCUGGUGUGCUACGUCUUCAACUACCACAUCAAACGCCGCGCGAGCGCGUGGUGGGCCAAGUACACCAUGACGAUGAGCGCGGCGCUCGACUCAGGAUUGGCAUUCGGCAUCGUCAUUGUCUUCUUUGGCUUUGUGUACCCGGGUCUGAUGAAGGGCUUUAGCUGGUGGGGGACGGAGGUUUACAAGCAGGGCUGCGAUUGGCAAGCGUGCCCUUACAAGACGCUGCCCGAAGGCGCGCAUUUUGGACCAGACACAUGGUGA